AUGGCUUACAUUGCCAAGUCCUUCUACGACCUCAGUGCUAUCAGCCUGGAUGGGGAGAAGGUAGAUUUCAAUACAUUCCGAGGCAGGGCAGUGCUGAUUGAGAACGUGGCCUCGCUCUGAGGCACAACCACCCGGGACUUCACCCAACUCAACGAGCUGCAAUGCCGCUUUCCCAGACGCCUGGUGGUUCUUGGCUUCCCUUGCAACCAAUUUGGACAUCAGGAGAACUGUCAGAAUGAGGAGAUCCUGAACAGCCUCAAGUACGUCCGCCCUGGGGGUGGAUUCCAGCCCACCUUUACCCUUAUCCAAAAGUGUGAUGUGAAUGGUCAGAAUGAGCAUCCUGUCUUCACCUACCUGAAGGAUAAGCUCCCCUACCCUCACGACGACCCGUUUUCCCUCAUGACCGAUCCCAAGUUCAUCAUUUGGAGCCCUGUGCACCGCUCAGACGUGUCUUGGAACUUUGAGAAGUUCCUCAUCGGGCCAGAGGGGGAGCCCUUUCGGCGCUACAGCCGCACCUUCCCAACCAUCAACAUCGAGCCCGACAUCAAGCGCCUCCUCAAAGUUGCCAUAUAAACACCAGCAGAUCUCCUACUUCCUCCUGCCCCUGAGUGUCUUUCCUGAGCAUUCAGUGUGCCCUCAGGAGACUCUGCUGGGCCCAGGCUUUCCCUUCAGAUCAGUUCCCUUCAUUGAAGAGCCUUGCCUUUCUGGU